AUAUCCAUUAGCUAAAGUUAUUGGAUUAGAUAUAUCUUCAUACCAAUCAACUCAGUCAAAACCUAAAAAUUUCGAAUUCGUUAAAGCAAAUGCUCUAGAAGGAUUACCAUUUGAUGACAACACUUUUGAUUUUGUAUUUCAACGAUUUUUGAUUUCUGGAUUUACUAAAGAGAAGUGGCCAUAUGUACUGAAUGAAAUUGUUAGAGUUUUAAAACCAGGCGGAUUCUUAGAAUUAUGUGAACCUUCCCAUGUAUUUGAUAAAGGGCCAGUUACUCAACGUUUAUGGAAUUGUGAAAAACAAGGCAGUGAUUGGGAUACAUAUCUAAAAUUAGAGAAAUAUCUACAAGACCAAGGUCAAGUUGAAAAUAUUAAAAAAGAGGCGAAAAAAUGCUAUUAUAGUGUAAAUCGCAACAACAACAUCGAAUUUAGUAAAUUGCUUGUCAGUUGUGCUAUGUCUUCAUUGGUUGCUCUAAAACCUAUUUUAACAAAAAAAAUGCAACUUUCUGAUAAAGAAUAUGAUGAGAUGGCCAAGAUAUCAGAAAAAGAAUUUUUGAACUUGAUUCUUAUAUUAUUAUA